UGUGUACACGCACACAUAUCCCUUAACUUAUCUUUAGUCAUCCCAAAUAAAUUCCCUUGUUUCGUCCUUAAGUACUCAAUAUCGGAACCUGGGAGCAGUGUUUGAGUUUUAAAAGUAUGAGGAUAGUUUUCUAGAGUCUGAAUGUUUGAACUAGAUGUUUGAACUUAACAAUAACAACAAUAUCAAUUUUAUCGUAACUUAUGUUGGCAAUCAAUCGGAUUUCGAAGAAUAAUACAAAUUUUAUUCCUUAUCUAUGUCUGAAAUAUUUAUGUAUGACUUUUAAAAUUAACUUUUGUAAAUACUGUUAUGGAUAAAUAUAACGAGUACAUUUUUCAACUCAGAGUGCGCAGGUGCAAACGCUCCUUCAUAUAGAAUAGUAGACUUUUACAAUUCACACAUAAUCAUGCGUUAAAAUGAUAAAUAUUCAAUAAUAUAAUAUAACCUUGUAAUAAUGUACAUUAAAUAUUGAUAAAUUCGUGCAAAAUAUCUAUUUUCAAAACACUAAUAUUGCGAUUAGUAUAUACGAUUUUGAGCUACUCGCAGUCAAAAUUAUGUUUUUAGCAAUAAAAUGUAUUGUUUUGUUAGAAGCAAACAUUUUUUGGAAAUACAAAUAUUUAUCUAGUUAUAACAAGAAACAUCAGGUUCUACCGACCAUUCCGAAUUACAGGGCAAAAUAGGUCUCAGCUAUAAAAACACUGUCCUAGUUUGUAGAUUCUUCGGUAUUCGACCUUCUUUCAGUAUUGAAUUCAUAGCUGCAGUCACAUCAUUACCACUCUUUGACUUGACUGGGAUGGCCCAUGCAUACUUUGAAAAUAUAUCUAUGACAGUGAGUAAUAUAAAAUGUAUUACAGAAUUGAAGAACCACUUAUUUUGAGUACAAAAAUGAUGCAAAUUGAGCAAUUGAUAAUUACUAUUUUAACUAAAAAAUUUUUUAAAAACUCAGUUUCUAUUAAAUAGUUGAAGUAAAUAUAUUGACAUUUAUAAGGAUGAAGAAGCUCAGAAAAUGGAGAAAUUAUUCAAUUUUUUGUAAUGAUGCGAGAGAAAAUCUAAUGACAAGGUAUCAGAAAUUAGAUGAUUAUGCAUCUAAUUUGUUACCACGGACACUGUUAAAACCAUAUCAAUAACCUUUCAUUACUGCAAAGUUUUUUCAAGAUGUAUCUUUUUAAACAGUUUUUAAUAAGUUACUUUUUUUGUCUUCUAUUACAAUCAUUGAAAAUUGUAGUCGAAGCUCAAAAUAUUCAACAGUGCCCAAAUCCGACAGAAAUAUCUCCAUGCACUUGCAGUAUAAAAAAAAAUGGUUUAGAUGUAAUCUGUGAAUUUACUGACUUUAAUCAUAUAAGUAAAGCAAUGGAUGGUCUUAAAGGACGACAAAAUUCAAUCAUAUUUUAUUUAAAAUUAAGGCACAACAAUAUGCCAAAAUUACAGGGUUUUGUAUUCCUAGGCUUAGACAUACAUCAUCUUACGAUUCAUAAUAGCAGUCUUGCCGUUGUUGAAGAAACUUCUUUAUCAUCUAUUGGUAAAGCUUUAACACAGCUGGAUAUUUCACAAAAUUCGUUAGCCUCUGUACCAUCUGCAGCCCUCAAGACUCUCCACCAGCUUCUUAUUCUAAAUAUAAAUCAUAACAAGAUUACUACUAUACAUAAGAAAGCAUUUGAAGGUUUGGAUACACUUGAAAUCCUCACACUUUAUGAAAACAAAAUUUCAGUAAUUGAGUCGGAUGCAUUUAGAGGACUUGACAAAAGAAAGUUGAAAAGGCUCAAUUUAGGAGGAAACGAACUACUACAUAUACCUACUUCCUCGCUGUCGUCUCUUGAUAUGUUAAAAAAACUGGAAAUGCAAGAAAAUCGUAUCUCAGUGAUUAAAGAGGGAGAUUUCGAAGGUCUAAAACAUCUAGAUUCACUUGGACUAGCACAUAAUCAACUUAAUGAAAUUCCAGCGCGAGCAUUUUCUCAUUUGACUUUAUUAAAUUCUCUCGAACUUGAAGGAAAUCAAAUAAUUCGUGUGGAUCCUGAUGCAUUUAUAGGUUUAGAAGAAAAUUUACAGUAUUUAAAAUUAGGUGACAAUAACUUACAUACGGUGCCAAGCGACGCCCUCCGCCGUCUACAUCGAUUAAGACAUCUUGAUUUACGAGCAAACAAUAUUUCUAAUCUUUUGGAAGACUCAUUCACCGGAUAUGGCGACUCUAUAACUUUUCUUAAUUUGCAAAAAAAUAUGAUUAAAAUACUACCCCCAUUAGUAUUUGAAUCAUUAAACUCUCUAGAAAUACUAAAUUUACAGAAUAAUAAAUUAAUGCAUAUACCUGAAGAUGUAACUGAAAAUAUUGUAGAUACCUUAAAACUUCUAGAUAUCACAGUUUCAGAGACACGUAGCCGUACCAAUAGCACAAGUAGCAGCAGUAGUAAUACUAGUAGUUAUAGUAGUAGCAGUAGUGACAGCACUAGUAGUAGAACCAACACAGCUGAUGAAGAUAAUCCAUUGCUUUGUGACUGCGAAUUACAUUGGUUUACGAUAUGGCUCAGCAAUUUAAGAGAAAAAGACGAAGAAAUAAUGUCCAAAAAAAGAACUGUGUGUACAAUGCUUCAAGAACAUCGAGAAUAUCUUGUUCAAAAGAUGCCACUUCAAAAAUUAGGUUGUAUCAAGAGUAAGAAUCCCGAAAGAGCCUUAUCUACAUCUUUUACUGUAAGAAAAACUUAUAGCCCAAUUUUCAUUUUAAUUGUACUAUUGCUGAUAUGGAGCUUUUCAAAGUGAUAAGAAAGCAAUUUAAAUUUUAUGCAUUUGAAAAAUUUUGGAAUGAAAUGAAUGAUAUGUAAAUAAAAAACUUUUGUUUGAAAACUGCACAAAA